ACACACACACACACACACACACACACACACCCCGUGGUGACUCCAGGAGAAAAAUAAAUGCCUGCUCCGAUGUGUUAUUAUUUUGACUGGUGGGAGCCUGGCUGCAACUGGGCGCAAACUUUGCUUCCCUUUUUUUAACUGCAGCUCUUCCAUGCUUUCCUCUGCUCCCUGAAGGAUCCUUUCCAACAAAAAACCCAGGGGUUUGUGUGCCUGUGCGUGUUUGGGAAAGACUCGGAGAUCUGUCCGGGGCAGAAGUGUCCACCUCCAGCCAGCAAGGAGAAAGAAAGACAGCCUGCAAGCGAGCCUCGGAGCUGAGGAGCGGAGCAGCAGAAAGAGCAGCGGCGGCGGCGGCGAGAGCAGCGCCUUUGGGCGGCCUCGGGCUCAGCUUCCCCGCGCCGGGCGUCCGGAUUCCCGUCUGAAGUUGGCUCCCGCCUUAGCAGCCGCAUUGGAUCCCAGCGCCUACUGCGAGACUCCGGUCUACAACCCGGAUCUCUGUCCCAACAUGAUCGCGGCGCAGGCCAAGCUGGUGUACCACCUCAACAAAUACUACAACGAGAAGUGCCAGGCGCGCAAGGCGGCCAUCGCCAAGACCAUCCGCGAGGUGUGCAAGGUGGUGUCGGACGUGCUGAAGGAAGUGGAGGUGCAGGAGCCGCGCUUCAUCAGCUCCCUCAACGAGAUGGACAACCGCUACGAGGGCCUCGAGGUCAUCUCGCCCACCGAGUUCGAGGUGGUGCUCUACCUCAACCAGAUGGGCGUCUUUAACUUCGUCGACGACGGCUCGCUGCCCGGCUGCGCCGUGCUCAAGCUGAGCGACGGGCGCAAGCGGAGCAUGUCGCUCUGGGUGGAAUUCAUCACAGCCUCGGGCUACCUGUCGGCGCGCAAGAUCCGCUCGCGCUUCCAGACGCUGGUGGCGCAGGCCGUGGACAAGUGCAGCUACCGCGACGUGGUGAAGAUGGUGGCGGACACGAGCGAGGUCAAGCUGCGCAUCCGCGACCGCUACGUGGUGCAGAUCACGCCCGCCUUCAAGUGCACGGGCAUCUGGCCGCGCAGCGCGGCGCACUGGCCGCUGCCGCACAUCCCCUGGCCGGGGCCCAACCGCGUGGCCGAGGUGAAAGCCGAGGGCUUCAACCUGCUCUCCAAGGAGUGCCACUCGCUGGCCGGCAAGCAGAGCUCGGCCGAGAGCGACGCCUGGGUGCUGCAGUUCGCCGAGGCAGAGAACCGGCUGCAGAUGGGCGGCUGCCGCAAGAAAUGCCUCUCCAUCCUCAAGACGCUGCGGGAUCGCCACCUUGAGCUGCCCGGGCAGCCGCUCAACAACUAUCACAUGAAGACUCUGGUGUCGUACGAGUGCGAGAAGCAUCCCCGGGAGUCGGACUGGGACGAGUCGUGCCUGGGCGACCGACUCAAUGGCAUCUUGCUGCAGCUCAUCUCGUGCCUGCAGUGCAGGCGCUGCCCGCACUACUUCUUGCCCAACUUAGACCUCUUCCAGGGCAAGCCGCACUCGGCCCUCGAAAACGCGGCUAAACAAACGUGGCGGCUGGCCAGGGAGAUCCUCACCAACCCCAAAAGUUUGGAGAAACUUUAGAGGGCCAGCCAGCGGCGGCCUGACACUAUUCUUCUCUCCCACGCAAAAAGAAAAAAGAAAAAACUGCCUUUCUGUUCGGAGGAUUUUGCUGGGUUGACGGGGCAAACGUCGCCCUGCGUUCGUGGAAGAGGCUGCCCGCCUGCGCGCACACGCACACCAAGCCAACUGCAAGUAUUAUUACUCUUGCCGGUAUCCCGGUUUUAAAAGCCUGCCCGGAAAACAAAAUGAAACGAAACCGUGUAUGAUUAUCAUCACCAGGGGAAAUGCAAUAUUGGCUGCCGUUUUUAGCCUGAUUGUGACCACUCCGCCUAGAAUUGAUGGAUUAUAACGAGGCCGGGAUUUUUGUGCGAGUAAGAGAGAAUCUGAAGAUGCCGCCCAAAUAACCACAACCAUUAAGAUGGG